AUGCCAGGCUAUCAAGGAAAGGCCAAGCUACUUCUUUGGGAGCACAAUCUCCUGUCUGAAGCAUUCAUCAGUGUGAUGGCCUGCCCAGGGAUUGAAUGUAAGAAGCAGUUGCUUAUGUCUCUGUUGAACCCUUUGAACAAAAUUUGGACCCAGUCAGAGUGGGAUGAAGAAUACAUGAGUUACACAUAUCGUCUGUCUGGUCUUCUUUGCGAUGAUCAAUUUAUGAAGACAGUACAUUUGUUGGUAAAGUCAUUUGAGGAGAUCAAAGGAAGCAAAAUUGAACAUUCUACAGGAACACAGGAAAAAUGCUCUCCAACAUCAAUUGCUAAUUACCAGCACUCAUCUACCUUUCUACAGCUAAUGCUUACCCUGCUCUUACGGAUCCUUCAUUUCAUACACAUGGCUUGGACGGAUCAGUCUGCGUAUGAUCUGCCAGAAAUUAUUAGAAGAGCUAAACUCAUGAGUACCAUGGAGAUAUUCACUUUUCUACCGGAGACUAAUAGUUUACCUGACAAUGAUGGAGUUGAUGCUAUUAGGGUGGAUGCUAUCGGAACACGCUUACGUGAAAUUCGAGAGACUGGGUACAAUGUCAUAGGCUUGUGCGCGAACGUUGGAAGAUCAUUUUUUGAAUUGGACAGCUCUCUUUUCAUCCAUGCUCUUGUGGCGGAUAUAAGCUUCAUGGAAUUUGAUCAUUUGGGGAAAUUCAUAGAGCUCACCUUCAUUCCAUUAGUCAGAUGUUGCCCUCGAGAAUGUUGGGACAAAUGGGUGCUGUUGUUGUUGGAAUCUUUAUUUUUCUACUGUGAGCGAAAUUUUCGUUAUGCGUGGCUCAGUCUUAUACACGAGGGCCGAGCUAAAGUACCAGAUUUCUUUGGCGAUCUAUACGGACCGGAAGACAAACUCAAGAAAUUAGAAGUGGAGCUGGUGCUUAAAUUCACUCGUUCUGUAUCUUUAUUGCUCAGGGUCUUAGCAUCAAAAGAACUUAAUAGCGGCCUUCCGGAUUUGAAUUGUCCAAAGUCUGACUUGAAAUCCAUAUCUUCCAGCUCUCUUAUGGGGUAUCUUUUACUUCACAAUUGCUUUGGGAGGUUUAGUAUGUACUUGUUUGGGUGUUUGGUGGAUCAUCAAGCAACUAUGGAAGCACUACCCUUUUUUCAUGCAUUGAUCCGCCUUGCUGUUGCUACUGAUGAUGAGAGACUGAAACAGUUUAUUCUUAAUGAAAUGCUUCCAACCAUUGUCCGUUUUAGUGAUAGGAGUCCUCAAAGUGGAAUCUCACGGUUAAGAUCGGAGUUAAGUUCAAGCAAUGAAGUGAGUUCUAUGGAUGAUGUUGUUUGCCUUGGUCAAGAAAUAUACAAAGUUUACUUACACAAUCAGGCAAGUUACUAUGACGAAUGGCGAAAUGUAGACAGAAAAACCUGUGCGGAUGGAUUCAUCGAUUGGUUCAAUAAUGAAUUGAAGUAUCUUCAUUACUGUGCGUCUUUGUCUGCUCCAAAUAUUUUCCCAAAGCACUCUGUGUGGAAUUGGGAGUUCAAUGAAGAAUUUGACAGAUAUUUUCCUACUUAUAUGGAAAUGCUGCAUGAGGUGGAUACAAUGAACGACUGUCUGGAGCGUAAACUUUUAAACGGUAAUGCUCUUCUUGAGAGAUUAAAUCCAGAGUUUAAGGCAAAGUAUGCCAUUAACAGCUUGCAACAUCCUCAUUUGCGAAUCAUGUCCCGUAUGCUACGGAGAAAGGUGCGUGAUGUACGCUAUCGGCGACGUACUGAUGAGAUCGACAAGUGUUUGCUCCAACUUAUCAAUCUGAAACCUUACAUUAAGCAAACUGAUUGUCCGGAUGAUGUUAUGGAUUGUCUUGAGGAAAGCUGUCAUCCACAAUCUGACCUUUGGCAAGGUUAUGCACUAAGGGCAGUUGAUGUAAGUAUUAAUUUACUCUGUAAUUCAUUUGACGGAAGGUUGGACUGA